UCAGAGGUGAUUGGCCUGGUAGAUGGAAUCAUCUUCGUAAAAUCCUUGAAAGAACAGGACCAUUAAGUCAUCCUCAGUUUGAAGCAGGUCCCCAUGCUUUAGAAUUUCUUUUGGAACAAUGUCGAAUACUUGUUGUAGGUGCUGGUGGUUUAGGAUGUGAAUUAUUAAAAAAUUUGGCUCUUAUGGGCUUCAGAAAUAUUGAUGUCAUAGAUAUGGAUACUAUUGAAAUAUCAAAUCUUAAUAGGCAAUUUUUAUUUAGGCCGCAAGAUGUUGGAAAAUCUAAGGCUGAAGUUGCUGCAGAAUUUAUCAAUAAAAGAAUUCCAAAUUGCAGAGUAACUCCGUAUCCUUGGCAUUUCUUACUCUCCACAUAUGCUUUGGAUGAGGAUGUGUGGAUACACAUGGAUAAUGCGUGUCUCAUUCAUCACAUAUGGAAGCAUUCUCUACUUAAAUACCUGGAAAUGCUAGAAAUUUACAAGGUGAGUUUAUUGAAAUAUGACAAUAAUGGAGAAUUGGAUCCUGAUUCCAUUAUACCUAUGGUUGAUGGUGGUACUGAAGGCUUUAAAGGAAAUGGUAGAGUUAUUAUUCCUGGUAUGACAGCUUGCUUGGAAUGUAAUUUAGACCUCUUUCCUCCUCAGGUAAAUUUUCCACUCUGUACAAUUGCCCAUACACCAAGAUUGCCUGAACAUUGUAUAGAAUAUGUUCGUGUUUUAUUAUGGUCAAAAGAAUAUCCAUUUGGAGAUAAUGUAGAAAUUGAUGGCGAUGAUCCAGAACAUAUUCAAUGGAUUUAUGAAAAAGCUUCAGAAAGAGCAAAUGAAUAUAAUAUCCAAGGCGUCACAUAUCGAUUGACACAAGGUAAUAUUUUUUAUCAGUAUUAUUUUCAAAAUGAUAGCAAUAAAGCUAUGUUAAAUGGUUUUGAAGAUGAGAUAUUGGAAUAUGAACACCAUUGCACAUCAUAUGGUCUCUAUAAAGUUUGCAGCAGUGGAAUUUUCAUGACAUGCUAUCAAUCUUUGCCAAAACCAAGGAAAUUGUUUCUUCUAACUAAAGGUGCACCGAUUAAUCGUUGUUGUCCAUCUUUAAAUAAUUAUGUGGUAUUUAAUGAUGCUGAUGGAUUGUACACUUACACAUUUGAAGCAUCUAGAAAGGAAGACUGUCUUGUGUGCAGUCAAAUGCCUAAAUUACUUACUUUCAAAGAAAAUUCUAAGUUGCAAGAAGUAAUUGAAUUUCUUAGUGAAAAUCCAGUUCUACAAAUGAAAUCUCCUGGAAUUACAACUGCCAUUAAUGGAAAAAGGAAAACUCUUUACAUUCAAUCAGUAGAAAGUCUAGAAAAGCAAACUCGACCAAAUUUAAAAAAGUCAUUAAAAGAACUUGGUCUUAUCGACGGUCAAGAAAUUCUAGUUGCAGAUGUUACCUCACCAAAUUCUUUAUUAUUUAAGUUACAUUUAGUGGAUGAAAUGCAAGCGGAUUAAAAUAUUUAAAUGUGGUCCUGUAAAUAUUGUUUGUAGGACGGUAACUGUGUGUGUUAAAUUAAAAGAAAAGUGUAAAAA